AGAGAGAGAGAGAGAUCCUCGUGCGCUCUGAGUGCUUGUUUCUGGGUUGGGUAGAGAAGCGCGGAAAAGCGGAAUACUGCCCGAGAUUAUCCACGAGCUCAAACAUCAGGAGACCCUCAAGAGAGGCUUCAGCAGUCGAAAACACACCGUUUAUAAAGGUUUUUCUCGGAAAUUAUCCGAAGCAGCCAUGCCAUUUGGCUGUUUGACACUGGGAGAGAAGAAGGAUUAUAACAGUCCUUCAGAGGUCACAGAUAAAUAUGACCUGGGACAGGUAGUGAAAACGGAGGAGUUUUGUGAAAUAUUCAGGGCGAAGGACAAAAACACCUUGAAAAUGUACACCUGUAAAAAGUUCCUGAAGAAAGACGGGAGAAAAGUACGGAAAGCUGCCAAAAACGAGAUCCUCAUCCUGAAAAUGGUGAAACAUCAUAAUAUCCUGCAGCUGGUCGAUGUCUUUGAGACAAGAAAAGAAUACUUCCUCUUUUUGGAACUGGCCACAGGCAGGGAGGUGUUUGACUGGAUCCUCGACCAGGGCUACUACUCAGAACGCGACACCAGCAAUGUGAUACGGCAGGUGUUGGAGGCUGUGGCAUAUCUCCACUCUCUCCGCAUCGUCCACAGAAACCUGAAGCUGGAAAAUCUUGUCUAUUACAACCGCCUGAAGAACUCCAAAAUCGUAAUCAGCGACUUUCACCUGGCCAAACUUGAGAAUGGUCUCAUUAAAGAGCCGUGUGGCACACCAGAAUAUCUUGCUCCAGAGGUGGUUGGCAGACAGAGAUAUGGUCGACCAGUGGACUGCUGGGCCAUCGGUGUGAUCAUGUACAUCCUACUGUCAGGAAAUCCGCCAUUUUAUGAUGAGACAGAUGAUGACGAGUAUGACAACCAUGAUAAGAAUCUGUUCCGGAAAAUUCUGUCUGGGGAUUACGAGUUUGACUCGCCCUAUUGGGAUGACAUCUCGGAUUCAGCAAAAAGUCUAGUUGCAUGUUUAAUGGAGGUGGACCAAGACCAGAGACUCACUGCACAGGAAGCAAUCAGCCAUGAAUGGAUAUCCGGAAAUGCCGCCUCAGACAAGAAUAUCAAAGAUGGGGUUUGUGCUCAGAUUGAGAAAAACUUUGCUAAAGCUAAAUGGAAGAAAGCUGUUCGUGUGACCACCAUGAUGAAAAGACUCAGGGCUCCUGAUCAGAGUGAUUCUGGGGCAUCUAGUCCAGCACUCGGAGCGUCAGGAGGUCCGGUCACCCCUAGCAUCACCCCUGUUCCCCUGGCUGCCACACCAGUGCCUCCUCGCAGUACCCAGGAGCACCCAGAGGCCCACGGAGAGGGUGCCAUGGUUCCCACACGGUGUAAUGGAGAGAUAUUAACAACCCAGCAGCCUGCUGGUGAGACCAGAGAGGAAUAAAAUGAUAGAUCCUGAAAAAUAUACAGUAGUGACUAAUAGAAGAACAUACAGUAUAUAUAAAUUCAUAUUGAAAACUAAUGGUGGAGCAAAAUUUACUUGUGCUUAGAAGCUUAUAGCCAUUAUACAUUUCAUCUGUGCAAAAAUGUAUAAAGUUACUCCCAGUCCAGUAGCAGUCUAUUUGUAUUUUCUUUAAAUAUAAAUUUGUUACAUUUGAAACCACGCACAGGUAUUUAAACUGUGAAUUGCAACCAAUGGCUCAGUCCACUGAAUUGCAACCCCUCCCAUUCGAAAUGCAUAGUGAAGCUAUGGUAGCCGCCACAGGACAAACAUGUCAUCGUCUGAGACAAUGGCCGUUUCUCAAUCCGAAGGCUGCAGCCUGCGUAGGAUGCAUACGUCAUCAAGCCUGGUUUAUUUAAAGCAACACUAUGUAGUUUUUUUACCUUAAAAUAAUGUCUCUAAAAUUAUUUCAGUGAUAGAACAACUUUUAACUGGACAAAUUGUACUGUUGCUGCAACCUGAGCAGCCUCCUAGCUGCUACAAGCACACUAUGAAAGUGGCGGUGGAGGGUAGGAAACACAGCCCCGCCCCUCCCCCAGCCUGCAGAAGAGUGUCUGAUACCAGGCACUGUUGCGCUUUUCAACCACAUGGGGGAGCUGUAAGUCAUUUUUACAUGGAAACUACAUAGUGUUGCUUUAAAGGGGAGUCCCCAGUGCUUCUAACAACCUAGAAAAUGUGAAAAAGAACAACCCAGGAACUUAGUUUUGGUAAAACAUUCUUUCCUAAAUGUGAAAAAUUAGGUAAUUAAAUUUGUCUCCCCUUGUGAUGUCAGAAGGGGAUCUUAUUAUAAUAAUACUGCCCCUUAAUUUGCAUUAUCCAACCACAGCACCGGCAAAAUAAUUGACAGCACAAUUGAGUUUCAAUUUCAACCAACCGCCAUUAUGGUGAUCAGUGUUUGCAUUUCAUCCAAUCAUUUGCAUUUAAAGGGACACACCCAAAAACGGCACAUUUUUGCUCACAUCUACAAAGUGGCACUUUUUAAACGCUGUAAUAAAUUAUCUAUAUGGUAUUUUGAGUUUAAACUUCACAUGGGUACUCUGGGGACACCAAAGAUUUAUUUUACAUUUUAAGAAAAGUAUUGUGAAAUAUCGACUUUAAAUUAACUAAGCAUUACAUUCGCAAGUCAUAAGCAUAUUAAAACAAUUUACGAUUAACUAAGAAUAGAAACAAGACAGCAGCCUACAAAUGCGACCUACAGCCUUCGGAUUGAGAAACAGCCAAUGUACUGACAAAAUUAACUCUAUAGUAGCGUUUAGGGCUAAGAUAGAAACAUGACGGCACGAAUUGGCGACUUCCAUGUAAGGUAAUAAAAACAAUACAGUUCAUUUUGUAAGGUCUUUAUACACCACUGAUAAGUUAUGUAUAUUAUAUUGCAUUUCUGUCAAAAGAUCAGUGGCGGCUCGUGACUGCUCAUCCGAGGGGCACAAAUUCAAAAUAGGUGUUUGGUGUGUCGUGUGUUGCUUGUGUUUUCAAAACAUGUGUUUGUUGCGUCAUGUGAACCAUGUGUAUCAAGUGUUUUAUCAAAAUAAGUGCCUGCUGCACACACGUCAAAACCGCUUAUGAUAAAAGAGACGCUCACGUUCACAAAAUACACGCAAGACACUCCGUAAACACUAAACUCUGAUUACGCAUGAGAUUAUGUGAGUAUCUUGCAAACGUGAGCAUCUCUUUUAUCAUAAACCCUUUAGACGCAUCUGCAGCAGGCACUUAUUUUGACAAGACACGUGAUGCAUAGGAUCGCUCGACGCAUAGAGCGCAUAUUUUGAAAUUACGAACCACACACAUAAUGGGCUACAUACAUGUUGUGACGAACUUCACAUCGAACGGCCUCGAAAAAAGAAGUCGUUACCGGCCGCCACUGCAUAAGACCCUCCUAAAAGUUACAUAAUGUACCUUUAAUUUUCCAAAUAUGAUGUUGUUAAAAGUUGAAGUCAAAACCCUUGUUGCCAUUUUUUUAAGAAUGUUAUAUGUUAAAUGUUAUGAUCUUUUCAUGAUGGGCUACAAAAUUAAAAUUUAGUAUAAUGUAAAAUAUUUGUUUUAUUUUGGUUUAAAUGUGGUAUGUUACAUGAAACAAAAGGUGUCACAUAUUAUCAAAGCAGUUAUGAAAAAUGAUGUAAUUUUUCAUAUGAUUACUAUACACUCUUAAAAAUAAAGGGGCUUCACAAUGACAUAGAAGAGCCAUUUUGGCUAAAACGUUCCAUAAAGAACCUUCAUCUUUCUGUUUGAAAAAAAGCUUCUUUGAGGAACCAAAAAUGGCAUCGAUGUGAAGCACCUAUAUUUUGAAGAGUCUUGGUAGCUAAAUAGCCUGUCUGUUUAAUUAUUUUUAUAAUAAAAUAUUAUAAUACUGUCACUGUACUUUACCAUCCCUCUAUUAUUAUCACUACCAUCACUUCAUUGUUAUCAUAUUUGCUGCUGUUUUUGUUCUGCUGAAUCAAACUUUGCUCUGCUGUACAAUUAUCUUGAAUUAUGUAGCUGUUUUUUAUUGAGUUUGCCCUUGUAUUUGUAUUCUGAAGAGCACUGCAUUUAUACUGAAUAUAUUUAGCCUGAUACUUUGAAGCCUAAAGGUUUCCAGAAGAUUCUAUUAAUGUGCAGUACAUAUGAAGCAAUAUGAAUAUUGCUGUAAUACUGUGAAACCGCCAUACAGGUAAUAAGAUGUUCCUGCCAUAUUUCAUACAGGUAGCCAAGCAAUCUGCUCUCAUUGGUCGUUUGUAUAUUCAACAUGAUCUCACAGCUGUACAUUAUGUUAAAUUAAUGUAUUUUGCCAAAACCCUGGAUUUAUUUAUCAUGUCCUUGUGCAGAAAGAGUAAUCAAGAUGUCGUUAGACUGUAUAAUCCCAUUGUAGCUACAGGACAAGUGUUCAUUAUGGCCUAUGUAUUUGUUGUUUGUUUUAAUUGUUGUGAUCAAACCGAAUAGAUGCCAAACAGAAAUUUUAUUUUACAUGGAUUUUGGUAAAUAUACUUCUUAGUGUAUAUAGUUUUCUCUGAGUUUUAAUGUAUUACCGCAGUAUUGAAAAAAUAUAUAUAUUUGACCUUUAUGUGCAUUUAACAUGUUAAAUUGAAAUCUUUCAGUCAUAAUUUUCUCUUGUUUAUGCUGUGUGAUAAGAGGCUCUGUGAACAUUGAAAUAUAUUUUCUGCGAAAAGGUUUUAUGUAGAAGACAGAGCAGAAGUAAAACCUUGUCCGUAAAGAAAUUAGGCAGAAGUGAUUGUGUACACUAAAGAAAAAUUGUGUAUUUCAUCACUUUCAUGUAUCAGCUCGACCUAUUAUGUCAUGUUUGUGGCUUCUGUAUUUUGGUACUUGAUGUGCAGAAUAAAUGUUUUCAACAGUG